CUUUAUUAUUCAAUAACAAGUUAUUUAUUAACAAAGGAAUCUUAAUUCUUGUUCGUUGUGAAUCUCUCUCUUUUUUUUUAUUCCUUGAAAAAAAAAAUAAAUAAAUAAAAACAAGAAACAAAUUAGCAAAUGUCAAACAAAUCUAAAUAUUUAAAAAACAAAAACAUUGCAUUUAUCGGCUUGAGUGUUGCUGCAGCAAUUACUGCUUAUUCUGUUUGGAACUGGUCUAACUCAAAGAAAAAACAGGUUAAAUCAUCAAAUAAGAAGCAAUCUGUCAAACAUAUUGACAAAUCCAUUGCCAAUAGCAAUGAGCAUUCUAAUAUUAAACAGUCACAAAUCAAGGAAAUAAAAGAGAAUUUAUCUAAUGUGGUGACAAAAGAAGAAAAUACAGCCAAUUCGACAGAUAUAAAGGAGGAACAUACACAAUUUAUACUAUCAUCAUUAUCAACAACAAGUAGUAGUGUUGAUGAAGCUGAUAUUUGUACUCCUGAACCUGAAACAUCCAACGAUGAAAAGCAAUCCGAAAUUACUUCCACAUUGGAUGAUACCCAAAAGUCUUCUGUUGUUUAUAUAGUUUCAAAUAUUGAAAAAGAAGGGUCUUUAAUGAAGCAGAAUGAAAAGAUGGAUAGAAAUGAUAAUUCCAAUGAUGCCGUAUCUAUCUUAAGUGAAUCUAUUGUUAUUGUUGAACAAGAUGAAAUUCGUGAUGAAGCUAUUCUAUUGAAAUCUAUUCCCAAUGAAGCUACUGAUAUGGACGAAUUUACUGACAAUGAUGAUAUAUGUACUACUGCUAUUAAGAAUGAAAAUGAUUCGGUUAAUAAGUCUAAUAUGACUGAUUCUUUUAUUGAAAUUGAAGCUACUACCAUUGAAGAUACCAUGAUGAACAAUUCUGAUAUCACUGAAUCUUUUGUUGAUGCAGCUGCUAUUGUUCAAUCUGUUAUUAAUGAUUUAUCUGUUGAUGAAAAUGACUCUAUCAAUAUCAAUAAUAUGACAAGUAGUGAUAUUAACAAAUCUGAUAUGAUUGAUUCAUUUGUUUCCAAUCCUCAUUUUAUUCCCGAAAGCAUAACUACAGUACGUAAAUCAGUACUCACUGCAGAUGCACCAGAAUUUAUUCCUAAAUCACUUCAACAACGUCAACAGAAGCCAAAGAAAUCCCAUAAAAAGCUUUUAACCCGUGAACAAUUAAUUGAGCACCAAAAGCAAAGUUAUAUUCCUCAAUCCAAAUCACGAUGUACUCAUUGGCCACACUGUACCAAUAAUAAUUGUAAAUUCUUCCAUCCAUACAAAGAGUGCCGUGCUGGUAAUGAUUGUGUAUUUGGUAAAAAAUGCAUGUUCGUUCAUCCUAAUGAUUGCAUAGUGACUUCACGCCAAUAAGCAGAUUUUAUAUAUUCUUAUUAAAAUUAUUACCCUGUGUAAAAUAAAGUCAAAUAGACCGAGGAAAAAAUAAAUAAAUAAACUCGUUUGCUUGCUCAUUGCAUACUUAAUAUACUCACU